UAUUGUAUAAGAAAAUGAAUAGUAGUAUGAUUCAUUUUAAAAUUUAUCAAGUUUACAAAUUCAUCUCUUUUUCAGAAGCGAAACAAUCAGAAUGGACAGAUGACGUUGACAAAAGGAUCAAUUCGACCAUCAUACUAUGCCGGGACCGUCAGUUUGCUCACCCUGGGGACAGUGUUGUCCUUGUGACAGGAUGGAAGGCAGGGUCAGGGUCUACAAACACAUGUCGUAUAGUGCAGGUCCCUGAUGAGAAUAACACAAUACCUUCUAUUGGGGGUCUCCAAUUGGCUGACUAUAGCGAUUAAGUAAAACAUUAAAGCUACAUUCCU